CCCUGUGUGAGUGACUGUGUAUACAUACUUUUCGACCAAAAAUUUACAUACAUUUAUAUUGAGGAAUACGCGGCGAGAUAUACCAUACACCAUACAUACCCACUAAUUUGUGUAUCGCGUGGCAUAUAUCGACUAUGUUUUCUAGGUCGCGUUUGGUAGCCCAGGCAGUGGCCCUUGCAGGUCGUCGCACAAUGGCCAGCACUGCUGCUGAGACCGCACCUAAGGCGGCAGCUAGCGCUGACUACAAGACCAUGUCCGUCAAGGUGGUGGACGGCAUCGCUGUGGUGAAGCUAGACUGUCCCGGGCCCGUCAACACACUCGGCGAGCAGCUCAUGGCUGAUUUCCAGAGUGUUUAUUCGGAUCUGUCGUCUAACUCCAGUGUGCGAGCGGCUGUGAUCAUGUCUGCCAAGCCCAGUGGAUUUGUGGCCGGUGCCGAUAUCCAGAUGAUUCAAAAAUGCCAUUCAGCGCAAGAGGCCACGCAAUUGGCAGCGAACGGACACGUUAUGUUUAACCGUAUGGCCGAUGGACCCCUUCCGCUCAUUGCUGCCAUCAACGGAGAAGCCCUAGGCGGUGGUCUAGAGUUGGCUAUGUCGUGCCACUACCGUAUCGCCACGGAUAUGCCCAAGACCAAGCUAGGUCUUGUAGAGGUGAUGAUUGGUCUACUACCCGGAGGUGGAGGUACACAACGCCUGCCCCGUCUGAUUGGUUUGGACCAGGCCCUGCCACUGAUGUUGACUGGAAAGUCGCUCCAGGCCAAGAAGGCUAAGAAAGCAGGACUUGUAGAUGAACUCGUUGUGCCCAUCGGUCUAGGUUUGAACAGCGCCGGCCAGAAUACCGUUGACUACCUAGAGAAGUGUGCCAUCCAGAGUGCUAAAGACAUUGUUGACGGCAAGAAGAAGAUCAACCGUGAUUUGACGAUAGCUUCUGCCAAGGGCCUCAAGAGAUACCUCACCAACGACUUCAAAUAUACACGUGAUAUCAUCUUCAAGAAGGCGCGCGAGCAGGUCAUGAAAUCUACUGGUGGUAAGUACCCCGCCCCCUUCAAGAUAAUCGAAGCUGUCGAAGCUGGUCUGGAUAAAGGAUUCGAAGCCGGACUCAGACAGGAGGCCAUUGGAUUCGGAGAGCUAACACAGACACCAGAGGCGGAUGGACUUAUGUCCAUCUUCUUUGGACAGCGCGCAUGCAAGAGGAUUCCCAAACAGUUCGGUAAAGUUGACAAGCCCGCCAAGAACAUUGCUGUUAUUGGUGCCGGCCUUAUGGGCGCUGGUAUUGGUGAGGUUUCCAUGAACAGAUUCGACGUCACGCUCAAGGAUACCAGUCCCGAGGGUUUGGCCCGUGGACAGGAGCAGAUUUUCAAGGGUCUUAAUGGUAAAACCAAGCGCAAGACUAUGACCCCGUUCGAACGCGACCAGAAGAUGACUGCCGUGCACACUACCUUGGAUUGGAAGCACUUCAACAAAGCUGACCUAGUUAUCGAGGCUGUAUUCGAGGAUCUGGCUGUCAAGCACUCAGUACUCAAGGAGGUCGAGCAGCACAUUCCCGAGCAUUGCGUAUUCGCCACCAACACAUCCGCCAUCCCCAUCGGUGAAAUCGCCAAGGCUUCCAAGCGCCCCGAGAGAGUCGUAGGAAUGCACUACUUCUCACCUGUAGACAAGAUGCCUCUGCUCGAAAUCAUCACGCACGAGAAGACUCUUCCUGAGGUUGCCGCUAUUGCUUUCGAUGCUGGUAAUAAGCAAGGUAAGACCUGCAUUGUUGUGAAGGAUGUCCCUGGUUUUUACGUCAACCGCUCGCUCGCCCCUUACAUGGCCGAGACUAUGGCUCUGGCUAUGGAGAACGUGCCUGCCGAGCGCAUCGACAGUGUUAUGAAGAAGUUCGGUUGGCCCAUGGGUCCCAUCAGUCUUGCGGAUAACGUAGGAAUCGAUGUCGCCGGUAAGGUACAGUUGUAUCUCACACAGCACUUAGGCAACCGUAUGAUCGGAGGUGACCCCGCGUUAUUGGGAGAAAUGAUUGACGCCAAGUUCCACGGAAAGAAGACCGGCAAGGGUUUCUUCCUUUACGAUAAGAAGGGUAAGAACCAAGGUCUAAACCCAGAGAUCGAGGGGCUUAUCAAGAAGUACAGCGCUGGCCGUAUCGACUCGUCAGGCAUCUCGGACGAAGAGCUGCAGAUGCGUUGUGUGUCACGUUUCAUCAACGAAGCCGCCUUCUGUCUUCAGGAUAACAUCAUCCUGUCGCCCACUGAUGGAGAUAUUGGAGCCGUAUUCGGCAUUGGUUUCCCUCCAUUCUUGGGUGGACCUUUCAGGUUCGUGGAUGCCAUGGGCGCCGAUAAGUUCGUGGAUAUGAUGAACGGCUUCAGCGACAAGUACGGCGAGCAGUUCAAGCCCGCGCAGAUCCUAGUAGACUACGCCAAGAAUGGCAAGAAGUUCUACAAUUAGAUAAAUGAUGGUUGAAGAGGAUGAGUUGAUGAAUGAUUAAAAUAGUGCCAUACAUGCAAUAUUCGAAUUAUGUCGGAAGUACCUGGAAAAUAAAGGAGUACGACAGAAUAGUAAAAAUGCUUCUAUAAUUUUACAAUUCAACAUUAUCAUGCUGCCAAUCUUUAGGUGGCCGCGUCUAUCACAGUUGACUAUGCCGACAAGAAUGGUAAAAGUUCUACAACUAGAUAAAUGGUGAUUUUAAG